UCCUCUGCCAGACCGAAGUUGGUCAUGGCAGCGAACUGCACGGACGACGGCUCGGAGGAAGAGUCAGGCACCAAAAAUGAUAACAGUAAUCAUAUAUCUUUGGCAAGAGUUUUAAAGAUAUUCACGAGCUCCAUUAGCGAAGAACAGGCUUGGGCGAUAUGUAACCAGUGUAGUAAAUAUUUUUUUAAUGCAAAUUCCAAGCACAAUGGUUAUCGGAUUUUGAGCAAACAUCGCCUUAAUGGCCUUCACAUUCAAAAAGACGGCGAAGUUGUAAUUAAAACACCCGACAUAAACAGAAACAAAGAGGAUAAUAAUAGUCAUACACCAGAAGAACAUAUCUCAGAAAGUGUUUUUGGUGUAGGAGUUGAAUGUUUCAGACCAAAAUUUACUGCAAUGAAAGGUAAAAGUACCACAUUCUAUGGUCUGAUGGUUAUUGAGAAACUAGAGAAAGAGUGGCUGGUCAGGGAAGUGCAAUCCUUGUACAGAAAUGCAGUCAGCAAAGUGAGAUUUGGCAAGGAGUUUAGUGAGGAAUUUGGAGUGCAAAUAAUCCAAGUUCUUGGGUUGGUAGUUUUCCAAGCUUUAGAUUAUGGUUUAGCUGAAACUGAAGAGCACAACUUCAGCACAGAACUGGAGUCCCUCAUUGAGUAUAUGACUACCUCGGACACGGAUGUUGAAAGUGAUGAUUCUCAUACAGUUGACGACGAAGGAAUUGUCAGAGAUGGAGAUGAUGAUGCUGGAGAGGAGGAUUCUUUGUCUUCAUGUAACUUUGAGACCGUCUUGCAGAUCUCUUCCUCCUUUAAUGGCUUACAUUCAUUAUCUUCUUGUCCAAUGUUGCUUGCCAUUAUGGAAAGGAAUGUGAAAAAUGAUAUAUAUAUACACACACACACACACAUUCUGUUUAUGUUCUCAUUUCAGAUUCUACAGAAGCAGAGACAGCAAGUUGAAUUGGAGGCCCUUGAAAGAUCAGAUUGGGCUCGACUUUGGAUACAGAUCAUGAAACAGUUGCGACAUGGCGUGAAGCUAAAGAAAGUUGACCACUGUCCCCAGUCUUUUGAAGGGGAGUAUGAGCUGACCCCUUAUGAGAUUCUCAUGAAAGAUAUCGUCUUUAAGAGAUACAGACUUAAUAAGAUUAUGGUAAAUGGAGACAUUCCACCCAAAGUGAAGCAUGAUGCCCAUACCAUGAUACUGGAUUUUAUAAGAUCAAGACCCCCUCUACAUCCUAUGAAAGAUCGUGUUGUAAACAAGUUACCCCCACGAUCACCGGACCCUCAUGAAAAGCUUCUCAUCGAAAUCAGAUCUCAACCAAAACUUCGCCCAAUCAAAGAAGGAAAAGUCUUGGUUGAAACAUCUCGUACUAAACUGAAUAUCGAUGAUGACGAAGAGAGUCCUUUACCUGUACGCAGAGUUAUAAAACCAGAUUUCAACCUGAUUCUUGAUAACAGUUUUGAGGCUGAUGAUGAAGAAUUAUCUUGUCGAGAAGGAUCUGAAAAUAAAGACACUGUCAAGAGACAAGGGAAACAAGACCAUUCCACAGAUAAAAAUGCCAAGCUAAUUCGACGGCAUACCAUCAUGGUAUGCGAGUCUCCAACUGAAGCAAAAACUUCACCAAUAUUUGAAACCCUUCAAAUGAUCAGUGAAUUAGAAGAGUCUCCCGACGAUGGAAAUCUUGUAAAAAGCCUCAGCAGUUCUGAAAACAUUUCAAGAUCUGCUGGAAAUUCCCCAACGACUAGUGACCGGAAUCUACACGUAGAUCAUUCUACGAAAUCAAACGUAAUGCAUGUAAGUUGGACUAGUUCGUCUACUCACACCAAAGAGCACCAACGUAGCUUACCAUACAAAGAUUAUCAUCCACUGUCUGAAUUCGAUGAAUCUGAGUUGGAAAUAAAAAAAUGGCAGAAUCCUAUUGAGUGUUUGUCCUUGACAUUGGAUGAAGUAAUGCAUAUUCGACAGGUGUUGACUAAAGCAGAGUUAGAAUCACUUCUUGCAGAGCCUCAGCUUUAUGACUUGGUUUCUCGUGGAAAAGUGUGCUUCUCUUGUAAAUCUGUGAAAUUUAGUCUGUUCAGCCAAUGGGGAAAUAAUUGCCAGUUCUGCAAGAGGGUUGUCUGCAAUAAAUGUAUUCGCAAGAUGCACGUUCCUGCAGAACAUUUCAAUAGAAUUCCAGUCUACACCCUAAGUCCUUCUCCACCAAUAUCUCCAAUUGAAAACAAACAAACAAUGAAUAUUUUUACAAGUACUGGAACCGGUUCCCUUUUGUCACCAAAAAAGAAUGGCAAGUCCCCUAAACGACGACCUCUGCAACGGUCUCAGACGAUAUCGGACAAACUACUGGAAUCAAAGUCAAGAGUAAUGAAAGGGUCUUUGAUGAAUGUUUGCUGUGACUGUAAGGACAUGGUUUGUGAAGUCAUCCAGGCCAGUCGAGUGUCGAUAUCCUUGGUUAAAAGAAGCAAAGAGCUUUCAGAGACGGAGGCAAAGAAAUCCUCUAAAGUCAGUUUUGUAACUGAUUCCAUGUAAAAGCAAUAUUCCUUUUAGAUUGGUGGGGGUGGGGAAACCCUAUCUGUGAUGCUUAAACUAUUAACUGGCAUAUGGCUUUAUAGUGCCAUAACCUAACAUAUAACGUUUGUGUUGAUAUACUUAAUUGUUAUUCUAGGUCCUGUUAGUUAGUACACUCUGCACUAAUACUUUUGUAUUCAUGCAGUUGUAAUGUUUGUGUUAUGACUGUUGUGAUUAUUUAUUGAGAUGUAUUGCAGAUAUCUUAAUAUUAUACAGAGAAAUAACUAUUGUGGCUACUGUUUAAUACAUAUUAGUGUUUAUUGAUGUCUUGCUAUUAUUAUAUAUAGAGAUAGAGAGAGAGAGAGAGAUCUAUAUAAAUUAUUAAUACAUUUUCUAGUUGUGCUAUUUAUUGGUUAUUACACUGUAUGAAGUAUAAGGGAUAUGUGCGUCCAUGAUAUAUGUGUGUGUGUGUGAGUGUGUAAAUGGAUGUAUAUUUAAUACGUAUUUCAGUGCCAUAAGUUCAUGCUGAUAUCUAGGAACUGGGACACAGUGAUCUUCAGCAGACUCUAUCAUAGGUUUUGAAGAAAACGGAUUUCCUUUUGUUUCAACAACUAUCACAGUCCACUAAAGAUCAUGGUGUCUGAAUCCUUGGAUAUUAGCUUGAAUUCAUGGCAUGGAAGUAGCUAAAGGCAGUAAAUACAUGUAGAUUCUAUACUUUGCAAAAGUCUUCAUGUCUGCAUUAUGGACCCUUUAGUGUUUUGUUUGAAACAAAAAAGACAAAAGAAAAGUAGCAUUUAACUAUUUGUGUGUGUAAAUUGGUGCAUCAAGUUAAAAAUAUAGCUUGUGAUCUACCAAAACACUUCGAUAUUACUCCAGCAAAAUCAUAGUCUAAUAAGUGAAACCACAUAUGCAUGCAUAACGUUCUGGUUAGAAGGUUUGUUUUACAACCGUGUGGUUUCAUGUUCAAUCCUAAUGCACUGUACUUUAAGCAAGACUUUUCCGUCAGAGCCAUGGGGUUGAGCAAUGCCUUGAGUGUGAGUGUCUGUGUGUGUGUUUUUGUGUAAAAAUCUUGUAUUACAUCUGUAAAAGGUAACUAAUUGUCUAACAAUGGAGUACUCAGCCACUUUCAUAGACAAACAAGUAACACUAAGUUCUGGGCUAAAUAGAAUUGACUAAAAUUCUUCAAGUAUGUUUCCCAGCAUGGCUGCAGUCUCUUCACUGAAAACAGUAAAAAAAAAAAAAACAGUCCAUUAAAUAUAGUUAAGAUAUACAUUUUUCCAUCUUCAUGUAAAAUGAUGAAAUAUAUAUGUG